CCUAGCACAGCUGACUUGCUCGAGACAGGCAGAAAGAGCUUACAGCUGCAACAAAACAAAAAGAUAAAACUGAGAAGAUGAAGAUGAAGCUGACGUUGGCAGCCUUGGCGCUUUGCAUGGCCGUCCUGAUGGAGGCAGCCGUCGGCUUCCCCGGUUUUGAAAGGAAAGCCAAGGAGAACAAGGUGCAAUACGCCUCCUGGGACGAGGUCAACGUGAUCGCCCAUGGGCUGCUGCAGCUGGGCCACGGACUCAAGGAGCACGUGGACAAGACCAAGGGCCAGAUUAAGGACAUCACGGCCAAGAUGAGCUCCUUCAAUGGCACGGUGGCUGAGCUGAGCAGACAGACGCAGAGACUGCAAGAGGAAGGCGAGGUCCUGAAGGCGAGAGCUCGGAGGCUGGAGGAGAGGGAGAGUCUGGUUCUCAGCGUCUCGGCUGAGCUGAAGCAGAGAGCCGAGCAGAUGGAGAAGGAGGAGGGGAGGGUGCGCCAGCUUGAGGAGAAGGCAGACGGGCUCCUGCAGGCACAAGGUUCAGGGCUCAGCAAUGCCAGUGUGAGCAGCAGCAGCAGCAGCAGCAGCGACAUCCAUACCGUGCAGAAACUCCUGGAAGCACAGAACAGGCGCAUUGACGAGCUGGUGGAGAGAAUCAAACAACAGCAAGACAAGCUGGACAAGCAGAACGGACGCAUCAGGAACCUCCAGAGUCAGCUGGAGCAACAGAAAGCUGCAAGCCCAAAGCUGAAGACCAUUCUGAGACACAAAGAAGAAGAGACUCAGAUCACCAGCACGGAGCAAGCUGAUUCCAGUGAGCUCCCCGCUGACUGCCACAUGCUGUUUCUGAGAGGCCAGAGGCUCAGCGGCGUCUACAAAAUCCAGCCCCAGGCUUCACAGCCAUUCCAGGCCUACUGCGAAAUGACAGCAGAAGGCGGGUGGACAGUGAUUCAGAGGCGUCAGGACGGGGCUGUAGAUUUUGACCAGCUCUGGCAGGCGUACAAGAACGGGUUCGGCACUCUGAAUGGAGAGUUCUGGCUGGGUUUGGAGCAGAUCCACGCCCUGUCAAGACAAGGGGGCUACGUUCUGCAUGUGCAGCUGACUGACUGGAACAACCAAGUCCAGUCCGUCGAGUAUUCCUUCAGACUGGGAGGAGAGGAGAGCAGCUACACCCUUCACCUCCAGGAGGGGGCGCCAGGGAACCUGGAGAACGCUCUGAGCACAGACUCCAGCGGGCUUCCUUUCUCCACCCGCGACCGAGACAGCGACCUCAAAUCAGACAUCAACUGCGCAAAGCAUCUCACAGGUGGUUGGUGGUUCAGUAACUGCGGACGUGCCAACCUUAACGGUAAAUAUUUCAGCAGCGUUCCGCGCCAGAGACACGCGAGGAAGCAGGGCAUGUUCUGGAAGACCUGGAGAGGGCGCUACUACCCGCUGAAAUCUACCGUCAUGAAGAUCGCUCCCGCCGAGAAAGAGUACAACUCCUCGUAGAGCGAGGGGGACAGCGCCCUCUGCUGGGCGCUUAUGGAACUGCACCACUGAGUACACACGUCAGCUCCCAGCGCUAAAGACAGUUUACAGACUUGAAAACACCAGCUAGGCGCACUGCCUCAGAACCAAAGACUGAAGACAUUUUCAGUGCCAGAGAGGAAGGAGACCGAGGGAGGGGAGGGGAUCAGUGCUGUUUCAUGGCUAGCUUGGAAACAGAGACCAAAUAAAACUGGGCCUUCUCUUAACGUGACAUCCCGAUUUUGAAUGGAAAGAGACAGGGACGAGCUGGGGUUGUUGUUUUUUUUUGUUUGUUUGUUUGUUUAACUUUACAUUUCCAAAGCUUUUUAAAACUUUUGUUUUUUGAAAGAGAAUGCAACGGAACAAUGCAGUAUUGUAUUAUUUGUCUCUCGUUUUUGUUUCACCGUGUCAAUGCUAGUUCACGGUCUGUCAGCUAAAACGACAUGCAUCGGCGGUCAAUUCGUUACAUUUUUAUAACAUUAAUGCCAAUUUACGACUGUUGCAUGGAUUUCCCACAGGUUAUUACUGUUACACAGCACUAAGCACAGUGGAAGUACGCAGUGUGUACUUACACUGCGCCGUCAAUUCAAUUCCCUACAUGCACAAGAAAACUACAUGGCAGUAAACAUGAUAUUUAUAGGUUUGGUAUUGCCUGUAAAAAACAAAAAAAAUAAAAAAAACGGGGGAGGGGUGGGGGGGUCUCUAAGACAGAUAAACGCACAAAGUUUUACUGUAAUUAUUGUAUUGUUUUUUUCUGAGGGGACGGGUUUAUACGCCAGCUUCAAGGUCAAAUGUGUCCUUGAAUUGCGAGCUAUAGGUAAGAACCUUAAGGUAUAUUAUAAAGAUGCCCUAAGUGUCGGCACCGCAGUGGCAUUCGCUGAGCCGUAUUUGCAGUUCCAGGUUCUCAAAAGCGCGAGCGGCUUCCGAAAAAGGUGGCACACGUUCACGCUGGAAUCGCUUUAAACGCAUUGGGCAUGCGCACAAUGAUAUACUGCAGGGACGGUGGAGUUUAAAGAUGUCCUGUGGGUGUCACCGGCACGGAGCUGUCGUUCCUCUGCUUCAUACAGCUGGCGUUUUCAUGUUCAGUCACAUUGACUGCGUCCAGAAGACCUGUUCUGCACCCCCGUACCUGGAAAUAGAGAGCGGUCAACAGCUUUGAGCAUUCCAUCUUUGUAAAUGUCAAGUGCUUAAGCUAUUUGUACAGUUGUUGUUGUGGUUAUUUGUGUUUUUUUUAUUUUUUAUUUAAAUGUUGUAAAAAGUUAAGUGUUUCUUUACUCUUUUUGUAAUUUAUAUAUAGUUUUCUACAGUGAAUUCAACUUUUCUGAGCUUCAAAAAAAAAAAAAAAAAAACGAAAUCAAUUACAAUAAAAAAAAUCUAAAAAUAUA